CCAAUGAGCGUUGAAUAAGUCGGAGAAGUAGAGAUUUCCAUAAUAGGAGUGUUCGGGGUCCUAACCGAUUUCCUCGCCCGUGUGGGGUCGGUAUUAGCCGAGCAGCUAGCUGCCUGAUUACCUGCAAGCGGAUAUCCAAUGAACGUUCAGUGUUACAGUCGCUCUCGUCCAAGCUAGUUGCCUAUCUGCUUUGUCCUCUGAGGAUCGGCAAAUGGAGCGCCACUCGUACAGGCUGGGCCUGCUGCUGCUGCUUUUGGCCAUCAUUGUCCUCAGCGAUGCUCAGCAAGAUUGGACCGCGUGCAAUAUACCUGUUGGAAAGGGGAAAUGGAGACUUGCAAUGAAGCUGUUCACGAGAGCUAUGAAACACAGCCAAGCUCAGAGUUACUGCGAGAGCCAAGAUGGCAAUCUCUCCACCACCAGGGUCGGACACGAGCUGCAAUGCGCCAAGACAGUGCUUGCAAGGAAGGCGUGUGAAUGCGACGAGGCAGACCGGUGCACAACCGAAUGCCAAGGUGGGGCAUGCUCAUGUAGAGUCUGGGUCGGCCUCGAACGACUUGCAUUCCAGCGCACUAGCAGUUCUUUCCAGUCUCAAAACUGGCGGUGGACAUCGCUACGUCCAUCCAUUAUCGUUCAGGAUCUGCGGUGGCGUUCUGGUGAACCCACAGACGACAACAGUCAGCUUUGUGGCUAUUUGUGGCCGGAGAAGCACGGUUUGGGCGAUUUUUUUUGCAAUGAAAAACUCAGCUUCCUCUGCCAGAAACUCAUCCCAAAUGAACCAACUCCUGUGACAGCUACGUCCAGUACUUUGCCCGCACGGUCCACGACUAAAACGCUGACGUCAACGCUACCGACGCUGGACACUACCAGUGUGUACCACGUGAAAGAACCGACGAAAGAGGUCCAUGCAGAUUACGACAUACCAACAGAUCAGGCCAGUAAGCCACAUAGAGUGACGUCGGAGCAUGUCCUUCCAGCUUCAUCACGCACUAUGAGCCCAGAGCAGCAGAGGAUAACGGAGGCCGGCAACGGGGCCAUUGUCGCUAUGGGCGUCACGCUGGCAGUGUUCGGGCUGGCAAUGCUCGUUUUGAUUGUUGCCUGGCGUUCCAGAUCCGUUAGAUCGUCAAGGAGAUUUUUUCCAGAACUUCACUGGAGGUGGAAGAAGACGCGCAUCUGGAGUCAAGGUGGAAACCAGCAGCGCUGUGUAAGUGUGUGUCCGAACAAUACAGUCAUGUACAUGUACAUGUAG